UGUAGCCGAGUAAUCGGGACUCGAGGUUGCUGAUCAUGGGACUGUGUACCCCGCACGACUCGGUAGCCAGGUGCCUUCGGCAGGUAUAUGAUUCGACUAGAGAGUACUAGGUAUAGACGAAGAGCUAGAGGAAUGUCAUUUAAGUGUAAGGCAAUUCCUAUAAUCGAAGUAGUGAAACUCGAAGUGAAGAUAUUAGGAGUCGAGAGACGAUAUAUCAACUUAAUAUCAACAAAUCGAAUAAGGAACAACCAAUACCAAUAUGCCGGGCCUCAUUCAGGAAUCGCCCUUCAAGACCAUCACGGUCAAGGAGCUCCAUCCUACCUUCGCUGCAGAGGUUAGCGGGGUCAACUUCCAAGAUCUGUCCGAAGAGCAGCUCUCAGAGAUCAUUGCGGCAAUGGCCAAGUACGGCGUCUGCGUCUUCCGCAACACCGGCCUCGACGACGAGUCGCACGUGCAGUUCUCCAAGCGCAUCGGCGAGCUCGACAACAUCCAGCGGUACCUCGUCGGCGGGCGGCAGCCGCGGUACGCGCAGUACGAGCUCUUCGACGCCGGCAACAUCGACGGCGAGACCGACUCGAUCCUGGACCCCAACAGCCCGCGCGCGCACUCGAACCGCGGCAACGGCCUCUUCCACGUCGACUCGUCCUUCAACCCGCGGCGCGCCUCGCUCUCGCUGCUGCGCGCCUGCGAGCUGCCCCCGCCCGGCCACGGCGGCAACACCGACUUCGCCGACUCGCGCACCGCCUUCGACGAGCUGCCGGCGGAUCUCAAGGAUGAGUUGCUGUCGCACGAUUACGUGGGCGCGCACUCGAUGGCGCACUCAAGGAAGCUCGGGUCGCCCGAGUUCUUCAAGGACGUCGAUCCCGCGGCGCCUGGGGCCGCGCCGAUGCAGCGCCACCGCCUGGUGCAGCGCCACGAGCCGAGCGGGAGGAUGAACCUGUAUAUCGGCGCGCACCUGCACCACGUCGAGGAGGUGGGGGCGCCCGGGAAGGAGAUCCCGGGCUCGUGGGAGCUGAUUCAGCGGCUCAAUCAGCAUGCUACGCAGAAGAAGUACACAACGACGGUCGAGUGGCACGAUCCGGGGGAUAUGGUGAUCUGGGAUAAUAGGUGUACGCUGCACAGGGCGGGAAGCGGGGACUUCGAGGGCAGGUUUAGGAGGGACCUGAGGAGGACGACGGUCCAUGAUGAUAGCCCGACGGCGUGGGGGCUCAACUCGAAGGACUCGGUGUGGCAGGGGUUUAGUACGAAUGGGAAUCCUCAGCAUAAAGGGGCGGUUGGGGUGUGAGAUUUAGCUGCAGUCUUGGAGGGAUUAAUACACAGUUUGAACUUUUGACUUGUCUAAAGGGGUAUAUUUAGUGGCGUCGUAGAUGGAUCGAGAACGUGCUGCUAUGACAGGAUGUGACCUGCAUAUGUAGGUAGUCGGCAAUAGGAGAUUCAUCCUGGCCCCCUUAUUAGUGCAGUAUCACGACCAAUUGAUAUUAAUAUUAUGUUCAUGUCAUAUGAGAUUGAAUAUGGCUAAUCAAUAAUAGUAAGAAGAUCUCUACCUAGGUAGUUAUAUUAUUGAGUAGUAG